AUGAGAGAAAUCAUUCAUUUGUCAACUGGUCAAUGUGGUAACCAAAUUGGUGCAGCAUUUUGGGAAACCAUCUGUGGUGAACACGGUUUAGACAAUAGCGGAAACUAUCACGGUGAUAACGAUUUACAAAAGUCUAAAUUAGACGUUUACUUCAACGAGGCAAGCUCCGGUAAAUACGUUCCAAGAGCGGUGUUGGUGGAUUUGGAGCCAGGUACUAUAGACAAUGUCAAAACAUCCAAUAUUGGUAAUCUUUUUAGACCAGACAACUAUAUCUUUGGCCAAAGUUCUGCUGGUAAUGUAUGGGCAAAAGGUCACUACACCGAGGGAGCAGAAUUGGUCGACUCUGUGAUGGACGUUGUCAGAAGAGAAGCUGAAGGUUGUGACUCUUUACAAGGUUUCCAAAUCACCCACUCCUUGGGUGGUGGUACUGGUUCAGGUAUGGGUACUUUGUUGAUCUCCAAGAUUAGAGAAGAAUUCCCAGACAGAAUGAUGGCUACAUUCUCCGUGGUGCCAUCUCCAAAAGUUUCAGAUACUGUUAUUGAGCCAUAUAAUGCAACCUUAUCGGUCCACCAAUUGGUUGAAAACUCCGAUGAGACAUUUUGUAUCGAUAAUGAAGCUUUGUACAACAUUUGUCAAAAGACAUUGAAAUUGCCACAACCAUCUUAUGCUGAAUUGAAUAAUUUGGUCUCAUCGGUUAUGUCAGGUGUCACUACUUCAUUGCGUUACCCAGGUCAAUUGAACUCGGACUUGAGGAAAUUGGCCGUCAACUUGGUUCCUUUCCCAAGAUUACAUUUCUUUAUGGUUGGUUAUGCGCCAUUGACUUCGAUUGGCUCCAAAUCUUUUAGAUCAGUUACCGUGCCAGAGUUGACUCAACAAAUGUUUGAUUCCAAAAACAUGAUGGCUGCUUCUGACCCUAAGAAUGGUCGUUACUUGACAGUUGCUGCAUUCUUUAGAGGUAAGGUUUCAGUCCAAGAAGUUGACGACGAGAUGCAAAAAGUGCAAGCAAGAAACUCGUCAUACUUUGUCGAGUGGAUUCCAAACAAUGUUCAAACUGCUGUGUGUUCAGUUCCUCCAAGAGAUUUGGACAUGUCUGCAACUUUUAUUGGUAACUCGACUUCGAUUCAAGAAUUGUUCAAGAGAGUUGGUGACCAGUUCAGCGCCAUGUUUAGAAGAAAAGCGUUCUUGCACUGGUACACUUCAGAAGGUAUGGAUGAGAUGGAAUUCACUGAGGCUGAAUCGAACAUGAAUGAUUUGGUGAGCGAGUACCAACAAUACCAAGAAGCAAGCAUUGACGAAGAAGAAUUGGAUUAUCCCGAUGAAAUGCCAAUUGAUGAAGCAGUUAUCGAGUAG